AUGUCAACAAUACUUGCUCUCCUCCUAGUUUUCUUGAGUGCUUUGAAUGCACAACCCGACGUUUCAAGAACCAUCCUAGUUGAUAAGAGAGGUGGAGGGAAUUUUACAACACUGAAACAAGCCAUCGACUCUAUCCCAUCAAACAACUUAUUGUGGACCCGCAUCUUCCUUAACCACGGUGUUUAUGUUGAAAAAAUUGUGAUCCCUAAAGACAAACCCUACAUAAUUCUUCAAGGAGACCUUAAAUAUCCUAGCGUGGUUGAAUAUGGAGAUGGUGGCAACGUUGUGGAAAGUCCUACAUUCAAAUUGGAAGCAGAUAAUUUUGUGGCUCGGAAUAUAGUUUUCAAGAAUACAUAUAACCGUCCCAAUAAUGGAAAGAAAAUUAUUCAGGCACCUGCGGCUUCGCUUACGGGCGACAAAGCAAGCUUUUAUCAUUGUACCUUCAUUAGUGUGCAAGACACAUUACAUGAUGGUCUUGGUCGUCACUAUUUCAAUGACUGCUUUGUCGAAGGUGCCAUAGACUUUAUUUGGGGCAACGGCCAGUCUAUUUACGAGAAAUGCAAGAUAAUAUCUGUAACAGACAGAAUAGGCCUAGCUGGUUUUAUCACAGCGCAGGGUCGAAAUGCCGCAAAUGAACCUACUGGUUAUGUAUUCAAUGAUUGCCAUGUAAAUGGAACAGGCCCUAUAUUUUUAGGAAGACCAUACAGAAAUUACUCAAGAGUGGUGUUCGCCUCCACGUACAUGGAAAAUAUUAUUACGCCGGAGGGUUGGUCCGAGUGGCUAACUGGUCCUCUGUAG